AUGUAUCUGAAAACGCCACAGCUUGCCGGGCCCUGUUCUUUCGUUCUCUCGAUGGUUGGCAUGAAACGAGUUUUGAUGCAACUUCUGGAUAAGAUGAGCAAUGUCCGGCAAGCGUCUGAAUGCUAUCUUCUUGCAAAUUGGGAUUCAUUCGUUAGUUUGGCACUUCAGAGUAUAUUAAGUACCAUUCGUAACAUUCUAAUGAAGUAUCCAUCGAGACUCUUGAAGAAGGUUCUUUCUUUCGAUGGUCCCUGUUCUUUUUCAAUUUCCUUCCCACGUUACGUUCCGUUCAUACUUUUUUCUGUCUUGUCUUCCUUUUUCCAUUCAAAAUGUAACGUCCUUAUUCAAUUUCCUUCUCUCGCUACGUUUCGUUCAUGCUUUUAUAUUUCUUGCCUUCCCGUUGCCUAUUCAAAAUUUAAGGUCCUUUUUCCAUUUCCUUAUGUCGCUACCUGUUUUUAUUCUAUUUUCUUUUUUGCCUUCAUUUUCUUCAUUCCAAAUUUAACGUCCUUUUUCAAUUUCCUUCCCUCGCUACGAUUCUUUCAUUCUUUUUCUUUUUUGCCUUCACUUUUCCCAUUCCAUAUUAACGCCCUUUUUUAA